GGCCCCAGCGACAAAGUUCCGAUACCCGACUCGAGUCAGGGAACCUCGAUCGCGAAAGUAACUGAGGCUAAACCAUAUUUCGCGCACUCUAACGCAUAGAAUGGUGUCCGAUGCCUCAAGAAAGACGUUUCUUUGGCCGAUUCCAUCGCACAGGCUGGCGCUGGUCCAACAUAACUAUCAGAUACGUAGAUUGCUUCAAUCUCAGCACUUAUGUACCUGACAGGAGGCCCGUAGGCGUGUAAGCUGCGAGCGCGUGCACCUGUCCUUAUUAGUGCCGUGCUGGCUGCCCCACAACGUGAGACCUAUGAGGCUGAGACUCUGUUAUUAUUAUAUUUGCAAAACGUGUAAGGCUGAACGGUUUCGCCGCAAGGGCGAACUUGAACUUACUUCGCGACGCCCAACCGUCCAACGUCCGAUGCACAGCCCCGACCCCCCAGCACCGGCACCCAGAUCACACAUUUUACUUAUAGUGGAGUCUGUAUCUCACGGUGGGGGACGGUAAUAAUAAUAAUAAUAAUACCUACGCACGGACCAAGGUCCCGCGUGCCUUAAGGAAGAGUCCCAUCGAGGCUAACCCUACCGUAUCUCUGUGGGACCUUGGCAAGAGGCACCCCACGCAUCCACCUUCACUCAGUCCAUAGGAACCGAAGUUCUGGACCUAUCGGCCUACCAACUCUCCGAAUUCGGCCAUCGUGAAGUUUCCACGUUGCAACAAUGGGAUCCGAACCCAGAGAGUCGCUACAACGCUUCCGUCAGUACCGCGGACUCCAUACCGGAAUACUGACUCGGACGGUAUGUAUGACGGGUUUUGGUGCUGGGGGGGGGGGUUGGUUCGGCAGGGUGCGGGGCCCAGACUCCAAUUCCCCGAUGAGGUGCUGGGCCCCGACCCCGACCCCGACCCGGACCCCGACCCCGACCCCGACUCCUCUCGUGCUCGGCAUUUUAACACUGUACAUUGCGUCCCCUGUCACUUGACUCCCUUAGGGGCACGCUCCAUGGAUCGCAUGGCGGUCCGCUAGUGCAGGCCUGCGGUGGCACCAAGUUGACAACCACUUCACCCCAGCGAGCUCCAGCUUGCGCCAACCAUACAACGGCAGUUGCUAUAUGUAUACAAUUGAUAGCCAGGCCAAACGGCUGCGUGGCUGGACUGCUGCACUCACUCACGUGGCCCCUGGUAGCAGGGUGGCUAAAGGGGGGUUUAAGGGGUUUUGCAGGGUUUGAAAAGUUUGACAUGUCAGAAAUCAUUUGCACAGUAUAAGUCAGCUAAUAGUAACUAGAAUGAUUGUUUGAACCCCUUGUGGGUGACCGUGAUGAGAUUUGGGCACAUAGCAAUGACUUUGCAUGUCCCACUGCUUCCUCACCGUCUCCCUGGAUACGGCAUGUGACUUUCAUGGCCCUGGAUACUUGCACCACUGAGGCUUCUCAUUCGCCCAAGUUAUAAUGAAUACUGCAUUGUGCUAUCUCUCUGGGUUCGGAUCCCAUUGUUGCAACGUGGAAACUUCACGAUGGCCGAAUUCGGAGAGUUGGUAGGCCGAUAGGUCCAGAACUUCGGUUCCUAUGGACUGAGUGAAGGUGGAUGCGUGGGGUGCCUCUUGCCAAGGUCCCACAGAGAUACGGUAGGGUUAGCCUCGAUGGGACUCUUCCUUAAGGCACGCGGGACCUUGGUCCGUGCGUAGGUAUUAUUAUUAUUAUUAUUCAUUGUGCUAUGGUGCAGGCUGACAGAUUGCACAUGCACGCUGUGCAUGCACAUGCUGCUCAUUCCCCUUGUCCCCACACUGGGGGCUGAGCUGCCCAACCCAGAAUCCAACAUGCCUGCCUCGCUCAACCCUGUGCAGAACCGUUUCACAUGCAUAUAUGCACAUGUUGCCUGACCUGUUAGCAACACAAGCUAAGCGCCAUGGUGCUAGCCCCUGCAGUGCCCAAUGCAACUCUGCACAUCAGGGCAAGUGUGCCCGGCUUGCCUCUUCUCUCAUGGGUGAGGGUCAGGUAUCAUGCAGGCUGUCAAGUAAUGUGCAGCCAUGCUGACGGCAUUCAGUCUGCACCAUAUGUGAGUGAUGGGCUUUGGGAGUGCAAGCGGAAUCAGCCAUAACAGGUU